GUUUAAGGACGUUCCACAGUUAUGUUUGUGCGCAUUAUGAUCUGCGCAUAGUUUACACUCUGCGCGCUGACGUCACAAUGGAUGAACAGGUGAUUAAUUAGCUGCGGGUAUGAGCUGAUUUUUCUCAUCUUCUGCACUUUAACUGCAGAUCCGAUGCGUUAUUUCAUGAAGCUAAAAAAUGGAAUUAUUCAAUGGACCAUUCAAAGAAAUAUUCUCUACAAUUUCAAAAUACUUUACUCUGCAGUGCUGCCAAGAAUCACGAAUAUUACCCCGAGUUUGAAUAAAUGGUAGAGUGGUUUUGAUUUUUUUCUUCACAUAGAUACUAAGCAUUCGGCGCAUUUUUUGUGUUUUAAAAAGCACAUUUGCUCUAAUAAAAUGCUGAUAGUUUAAAAACAAGCACAUGAACCCUUAUUUUUUAACGUUUGUACCUCUUAGGUAUACCUUACUCUACAACUCUGCAAAUUUUGGUGAGAAUGACAUGGAUUUUGAAUAAAGUGCAGCAUUUAUUGUACGUUUGUAGUUUGUUAUUGAAAUUUUACAUUUUUCAGAUUGGGAUUUUGUUAUCUUUUACGCCAUUUUUAAGAACUGACAUUGCUGUUAAACUUAAAAUUGCAAACAAACAGCACUAUAAAUAGAUUCUCCAUUCUAACGAUACAAUUAUUAACUCUCUUGCGAAAUUUGAUGACUUUUUCAUUUAUUUUGACUGAGUAAUAGAGGUUUAAACUCAUUGUAGUAAUCUUGGGCGGUCUAAAAAUGUCAAAUUCUUUUGAAUGCGCAAUUCUUAAGAACAUCAAUUUGGGUGAACUUUGAAGCUCUAUAGCAAAAAAUCAAGCACAUGGACCUAUGUUAAUUUUUGCAUAUUUCGAAUAUUAAGGUUCUAAAGUAUCUAUGUGCAAAGUUUGGUGAAAACGACAUGGAUUUCACUUUAACUGUGGAACGUCCUUAAUUUGAUAUUUAUAUGUACUUUGUUUCCCUUUGAUUUUACAGAUGGAACAUCAAUUCAUAAUUGUAAUCGUUGUUACCAGCUGGUAUUUUUCGAUAACAUGUCAACAAAAUGCAUGUGCUCCCAGUCUCAUUCAACACCGCGGAUCUUGUUAUCACUUCGCUCAGAACGAAUCGAAUUUCACAUCGGCCAAAUCAUCCUGCGAAGACCUCGGCAUGCACCUUGUCUACAUAGACACUUAUCCUGAACAAGAAUUCCUUGUGAAUACCGUGCAACACAACAGCGGUUCCUGGAUAGGGUUGUCUGGAUUUUCCUGGAUGGACGGGUCAGGUUUGAGCUUCAGUAACUUCGGAGGUAAUGCAUUCAACGAGAAGGGGCUUUGUUUUAGGAUACAACAAUUCGAUCUCAAGUGGUAUGACAGGAGGUGUACGGCGUCCUUCUCGCAUAUCUGUGAAAAAUCAGGAACCUGUGCAGAUCAGAACGACAUGGAGCAUGCUGGGUCUUGUUAUCACUAUUCUCACAGUUCCACCAACUUCAGCACCGCAUUAUCACUAUGUGAGGGUCGGGGAAUGCAUCUGGUUUACAUCGAAUCGGAGCAAGAACACGAUUUCUUAGCCCUUAACCUCCAAAAUGGCGGCCACUACUGGAUAGGUCUCUCACACAUGACAUGGCAAGAUGGAUCAAGCCCUGUAUACAACAACAUCCCAGAUCAGAACUAUGAGUUCGACGAUGGGGGAAGCUGUUUCCAAGCAGCCUGGAGUUUUGGCUGGGAAGACAUUAGCUGUUCCGACAUGCAUUAUUACAUCUGCGAGAAAGAAGUUUGUUUGUCAGAUAUCCUCUCAUACGGCGGAUCCUGCUACCACUUCGUCCACACCAUGUCCAACUUUUCCUCUGCAAAAUCAUCAUGCGAAUCAGUUUCUGAUUCGCAUCUCGUCUAUAUCGGCUCGCCGGAAGAACAAGACUUCCUUGAGAGGGAGCUUCCAGACAUGGCGGAGGGAUACUGGAUUGGUUUAUCCAGUGUGACCUGGCUUGAUGGUAGUAGUCUCACCUACAACAAUUUCGGAGGACCUUAUGUUUCACAGUUUAAUGAUGAAGGGGUUGCUUUCCGAAUAUUAAAGGGUUCUCGAGCAUGGUACGAUGUGAGUUACAAUGGGAAUUUCCGCUACAUUUGUGAAAACGAAGGGGCUGCCUGUGGUGGAGAUGACAUCGGACACAACGGUUCGUGCUACCACUUCUCAGCGGUGACCUCCAGGUUCCCUGAAUCAAGAUCUACCUGUGAAGGACUCGGGAUGCACCUGGUUUUCAUUGGAUCUCAAGAAGAGCAGGACUUCCUUGUCAGCAACUUGGUAGAUACCGAAGAGUACUGGAUCGGUCUGUCCAGUAUGGUCUGGCUUGAUGGCUCACAUCUCGUUUACAACAAUAUCCCAUACCAUGACUAUGCCUUUGAUGACGAGGGAAAAUGCUUCAGGAUGUACCCAUCGGACCUUGUGUGGUACGAUAAGAACUGUUCCGAUAGCUAUCAUUACAUUUGUGAGAAAGAAAUCGAUGACCAAGAACCAACUUCGACGGUACAGCCUUCAUCCGAUCAAGCCCGCAGUAGAUCGUCAUUCAUCAAACUUAUCGCCGUCAACUCGUCGCUCACCGGAAGUCACGUGAUUGCAUCUCAUAGCGUUCAUUCUGUUACUAGAUGCGCCAAUUUAUGUCUUGAUGUAGAAACAUGCUCAUGUUUUACGUUCAUCGAACACGAGAUGGCGUGCUUACUUGGAGUAACUUGUGUGGUCGAAGACGACCUGAACUUUAUCGCACAACAAGGGGCUAUAACAUACUCCCAACUACAUCUUUGAGAAUACGAUAUUACAAUAAUGCUUUCAAAUUUUAAGUGGUUAUAAAUAAACUGUGCAUAGAUAUUAGACCGAUGAAUAAAGAGAUCGAGUCGGUUGUAGACUAAAUGAUUAUUAGACUAAGUGAAUAAACCAAGACAAGUAGACGGUUGAACAAACUGGUCAGGGACCAAAGUGGCCUUGAGACGAAGUGGCAAUUAGACCAACAGGUCCGGGGGGGGGGCAGUCAAAUGUAUUGCUGUACACACGCGUGGCCAAAUUAUUUCAAAAUACCCCCUUAACCAGUUUUUCUCUGUGUGCAAAAUAACCCCCUAAACAAGUUUUUCGCGGGCUUUAUUUACACAUUUUGGCCCCUAAACAAGUUGUCGCCAGAAUAUGACCCCGGGUAAAAGGCUUGGACAAAAAAAAUGCAAUAAAUACGUUUGGCUAGUCUUAAAAAAAGCUUUGAAAAAAAUACAUACCCUAAAUAUGUUUGACCCUGCGAUUGACAAUUGACCAGUCUUUUCAAAACUACCCCUUAUUUUUGAUAAUCGGUGUUUUUGAUACCCUUAACAAGUGCACGCGCGGCCCGCGUCCAAUACUGAAAAAACACCCCUUUAAACGCGUUUUUUUUGGGGGGUCACGUGUUUGUACAGCAAUAUAUUUGACUGCCCCCCCCCCCCCCCCCGGCAACGGAGGUAAUACAUGCUACUGCUGACAGGCCUGAGGAUUAUUAUUUUUCUUUUAAUUGGCAGGACGAUUAAUUUUUUUUCUCAUGUAUUAAAUUAGUUUAAUGUGCAGUUGGCAUGGUGGGGGACGAAAGACUUUUGACGGUAUAUAGGAUCCUUGAAGAGACCCAAUAUGUGAUAUGACUGUCGUGCACAUUUUAGUAGAUAUACCAAAAUAUGCACAGCAAAUUCUCUUCAUUUGCAUUUUGUCGUGUUUGUUUUUAACAUUAUUCUUAUAUCGUAUCCAUGUUAUACUUAGUCACUGACAUGAUGAUCUUGUUUUAGCCUGGCUUCUAUUCAUUCAGUCAAGCAUUUUGAUUACGAUGACUGGCCUCUGCAUGCAUUAUCAUCACUUGUACUUGUUUAUUUAUGGAUUUUAUCAAUGAAAUUAUUUAUUGUAAUCUAAAUGUUGCGUUGCAAUAUGAUAGAAAUGUUGGUUUUAUUCGCUAUCGCAGAUUUGCAUUUUUAUUUAGAAAUUAAUUUAGAAACUCCUGCAAGCAAUCAACAUGAUUUUGUUCAUUUUCGAUAUUAUGUGACACAUAACAUAUUUAAUCUUCCAUAAAUUUAAUCAUGUUUAGUGAUUGCUGAUGUCGAUUCUCUGCUUAAGUUUAUCCACAAUUGUCGCAAUUAAACACUGCAAAAACACCGGUGUUGAUUUAUCACCAGCACAGAAUCUAUAUAUGUCCACACCAGAGAAGUGUUAAACAACACCAGUUUGGUUUUGGUCUAACACCAGAUAGGUGUUUAUACAACACCAAUUAGUAGUAAAACAGCAAUCCAAACUAUUGUUGUUUCAAU